AGCGUCCCAUUCCAUUUCAGGUUGAGAGUAAUAACACAAGCCGAGAUGUAAAAGGCUUGUUUUUAGGUGUUAGGUUUGUGUUGCGUCGAGUCAUGGUUAUAGGUUGGUUAGGCUGCAGCUCGAGGACAAGUUGCAUGUCCAGGUGGGGUGUAGUGUUAGAGUACGUAAUGGGCCUGGUCUGGCAGUAUAGCCCGUUAGUCUUAGGGUUAAUUAGAGAUAAGGGUCGCUUGCUUAGGGGUCAAGUAAAGCCUUGCUUGGGAGUCAAGUAAACCUCUUUAUAUAAAGAGAGGAGAUGUAUCAAUCUAAUCAAGCAAGAAUUAAGAAGGAAAUCCCUUCCCUCUUGCCCGGCCGUGGGCAAAAAGGCCCCCGGCCGGCCCUCUCGCGCCCUCCUUCUAGCAGCGCCAUAACACCAUGUGCGUGUCGUGGAUGCUCCCUCUGUUGAUGGGGCUGUUGAUCCUGCUGAAGCGCGGCGCCGUCAUCAGGAUAUUCGUCAGGGAAAGCGUCCUAUUCAAGAGAACCCACGUAACAAAAGUACUCCCUCGGCUUCUUCAGAGUUGGCGUCUUGUUCUGUCGUUCUCCAAGGCGACUGCUCUACACCAUUGUUUUCAUCCAACUAUUUCCUUGCCAGUUGCCACAACCCAUGGAUUCUUUUUCGACCUCUGGACCAUCGUUCAUCUCUGGUUUUUGAUCUAUCAUGUGCGCCCAGCCGACUCCUUUAGGAGGAAGAGAAAGUUUCUUUGGAGGCAUCGAUCAGGCAAAAUUAAAAUUAAAAAACUUGCGUCUCCAUUUUCCAAAAAUCACAUUGAUCUGUUGAAAGCAACUGUUCGUGGACGUUUGUACUAUGGAGGUCCUGAGUAUAUAUGCGGUACCUGCCAGGUUUUAUAUUGGUUUCAGGAACGUUCUAAGGGUGCUCAUGAUGGAAGGUUUAACUUGCCAGUUUACAAUGGUUGUUACGUUGGGAAAGUUUCGUUACCUAAAUUUCCUGAUUGGUCUUUUCCACUGAAAGAUUUGCUCCGAUUUGAUGACAACUAUAUGUGACUGUUUCACAAGUGACUUCAUGAGAAGGACUAAUAAAGAUUCUCACUGAAGGUGAUCAUGGCA